AUGGCCGCCCAGUCGAAAUCAGCUCCCAUCUCGCCAUGGGGCAAAGCAGUUGCUGGCGCAUCCGGUGCUGUGCUCGCCAACGCUUUAGUCUACCCUCUUGACAUCGUCAAGACACGCCUUCAGGUCCAAGUCAAGUCGCAAUCUGGCGCAGUAGCGGCGACUAUACCAUCUGAUCCCUCUGAUCCCGCCGAACCUCAUUAUUCGUCUACCUGGGAUGCACUUAGCAAGAUAGUUGCCGACGAUGGUGUCAAGGGCCUUUACGCCGGCAUGAGUGGCUCUCUUCUCGGCGUCGCAUCUACCAACUUUGCAUACUUUUACUGGUACUCCGUUGCGCGCGCCCUCUACCUGCGUUCUGCCAAGACUUCGGCGCCGCCUUCGACAUUCGUCGAGCUGAGUCUCGGCGCAGUCGCCGGUGCUGUAGCUCAGCUCUGCACAAUUCCCGUCGCUGUUAUCACGACGAGGCAGCAAACCCAGCGGAAGACCGAGAGGAAGGGGUUUAUUGACACGGCGCGGGAAGUUAUCGAUGGUGAAGAUGGCCCAUUCGGGCUCUGGAGGGGUCUCAAAGCUAGCUUGGUGCUCGUUGUGAACCCGGCCAUCACUUACGGUGCUUACGAGAGGCUCAAGGAAGUUAUCCUUCCUGGCAAGAAUAAUCUCAAGCCUUGGGAGGCAUUUCUUCUCGGAGCUGCCUCCAAGUCUCUUGCAACGAUUGCCACGCAGCCCCUGAUUGUAGCCAAGGUAGGUUUGCAGUCCAGACCGCCGCCUGAAAGGAAGGGCAAGCCUUUCAGCAGCUUCGUCGAGGUCAUGAACUUCAUUCUGGAGCGAGAGGGCGUGGCUGGUCUCUUCAAGGGUAUGGGGCCACAGAUCCUCAAAGGCCUUCUUGUCCAGGGCAUCCUCAUGAUGACAAAGGAGCGCAUGGAGUUGCUGUUUGUGCUCUUCUUCCGCUACCUGAGGACACUCAGGACGAAACGGCUGCAAGCCUUUACACCGGGCGCCGAAGUUAUUCGCAGCGCAUCUGCCAUUAAACGUCUUUGA